ACCCGGAACCUUUAAUCUUUUCCCUUUUCGACUACGGACCUAUUUUUCGACGGACAAGCAUGGGAACCACCUUUGCAGCGCGACGGGUUCUCAGAUGGACUGUCAGAACCACCAUCGCCUCCUCUCUAUUCAGCCCACUACAAGUUGGAAGAUCUUGUCUCAUCCAGCCGCGUUGCCUCGGAUGUGGACUCCUCUGUUCUUCCACUAACCAGGAUAUUCUGCAGUCAGGAAGACAUUUGUCCAAAGUUAGCCAUGGUUCUGGAAAGCCAGUGCCAGAGCUGUCCCUGCAGUCUUUGAUAGAUUUGGGUUUCACAGAAGAACAGGCUGUCGAACUACAAACAGUUGCGUCCAAAGUAAAAGGAAGAACUGUUGCCAAAAAUGCUCUUCCAACCCUCACAGCCCUGUUACUCCUCGGGUUGAAUUCUGCAAGUGUUCAGAAGAUUCUGCUAAAAUGUCCUGAACUGCUCACUGUGACAGAUUCACAGGUGCAACAAAGCGUUGCCAACCUGAGGAAGCUAGGUUUUGUGGAAGGCAGCCUUCAGAGAGUUGUGGCUUAUUACCCCCAGAUCCUGACUGUGUCUGUGAAGGCACUAAAACAGAUGGUGAUGUUUCUCAGAGAGAAUUGCUUGUUUACUGUUCAGCAGCUCAAAUACAUCCUCAGGGACACACCAUCAGUAGUCUUGGAGGACCAGAGAGACGUGGAGUACAAGUUUCAGUAUGUCUACUUCAGAAUGGGUAUCAAACAGAAGGAGAUGAUAAAGGCCAGGUUGUUCAGUUACCCUCUAGAUGAGAUUCGCUGUCGGCACCUUUUUCUGGAGCGCAGGGGUCUGUACCAAACCCCCGACAAGAAGAGACAGACACUCAUCAUUAACCCUACACUGAACAGAAUCCUUCCUGUCAGUCAGGACACCUUCAUCACCACAGUUGCCAAAGCAUCUUUGGAGGAGUAUGAAGUCUUUCAAAAACUAAUGGCCAGAGAAUGGCAGGAAGAAGAGUGGGAUUAUGGCAGAAUUGAAGCUGAUGAUGAUGAUGAUGAUGAUGAUGAUGAUGAUGAUGAUGAUGAUGAUGAUGAUGAUAAAGGUGAGGAGACUGCUGCCAAGAGUCAAUACAAAAAGAAAAAGAAAAGAAAUAACAUAUAACUGACAUUUAUUUAAAUUAUUUCAUGGAGAAAUUGGGUAAAUGUAUAAAAGAUGUUGUCUUUAAAUGUAAUAAUAAAAUGUUUUAUUCUGCUGGG